CUGCAGCUGGUACAACCACCCAUGGAGCUGAGCACACUCCGGAGCUGGAAGGCUGGGGGAGGAUCCUGCACACCCUACGAGGUCUUUGGGGCACAAGAUACACAGAAGACCGCAUAACUACCAGAGAGAAGUACCUGAAGAGUGUGCUCCGUGAGCUUGUCACCUAUGUGGUGUUUCUGAUCAUCUUAUGUAUUCUAUCAUAUGGGAUGGUGUCUUCCAGUAUGUUUUUACUAUACAAAGGUAAUGACCCAGCAAUUCCUGGACACGCCUGUUUCAAAGUCUGAGAAGACAAAUUUCAAAACCUUGAUGACAAAGGAGGACUUUUGGAAGUUUGCAGAGGGCCCACUAUUAGAUGGUCUAUAUUGGGACAUGUGGUUCAACAACAGUACAAUGACAGAAAACCAAAGCUUCAUCUAUUUUGAGAACAUGCUACUUGGGGUUCCUCGUCUCCGACAACUUAAAGUGAGGAAUGGGUCCUGCACUGUGCCAGAAGAUUUAAAAGAUGAUAUCAAAGACUGCUAUGAUAUGUAUUCUGUGAGGAGUGAAGAUACUGCCCCCUUUGGGCUACGAAAUGGAACAGCCUGGACAUACACCAAAGAAAAGGACUUAAAUGGCAGCAGCCAGUGGGGUCUCCUUGCCAUAUAUAGUGGUUCUGGUUAUUACUUGGACCUGUCCAGAGAGAGAGAAGAGGCUGCUGCGCAGAUUGCAACUUUAAAGAAAAACAUGUGGCUGGACAGAGGCACCCGAGCAGUGUUUACUGAUUUCUCUGUUUACAAUGCAAAUAUUAACCUAUUCUGCAUUGUGAGGUUAUUGGUGGAAUUCCCAGCUACCGGUGGCUUGGUCACAUCUUGGCACUUUCAGACAGUAAAGUUAAUCCAUUACAUUUCCACAUUUGACUAUUUUCUGGCUGCCUGUGAAAUUGCUUUCUUUCUCUUUAUACUUUACUACGUGGUGGAGGAGUUCCUAGAGAUCCGUAUUCAUCGCCUGCACUACUUCCGAAGCCUUUGGAACUGUCUCGAUAUUGUCAUCAUUGUGUUCUCCUUGGUGGCAGUGGCAAUUGGCUUAUACAGAAUGACAUCUGUGGAAGGACCGCUCAAUAAACUCCUGGCAGACAUGAAUUCAUUUCCAAACUUUGAAUCUCUGGCUUACUGGCAAAGUCAGUUCAACAGUAUUGUUGCUGUGACUGUGUUCUUUGCUUGGGUUAAGCUCUUCAAGUUUGUGAACUUCAACAGAACUAUGACCCAAUUGUCUACAACUAUGUCUCGCUGUGCCAAGGAUAUCUUGGGCUUCUCCAUCAUGUUUUUCAUCAUAUUUUUGGCAUAUGCCCAAUUUGCUUACCUUGUGUUUGGCACCCAGGUUGAUGACUUCAGUACAUUCCAGGACUGUAUCUUUACCCAGUUUCGUCUUAUUCUGGGAGAUUUUGAUUUUACCAAGGUCGAGGAAGCAGAUCGAAUAUUGGGGCCCAUCUAUUUUUCAUCUUUUGUCUUUUUUAUGUUCUUCAUACUUUUGAACAUGUUUUUAGCCAUCAUCAGUGACACAUAUUCAGAAGUGAAAACUGAUAUGGCUCAGCAAAAAACUGAAAUGGAAUUGGCUGAUCUUAUAAAAAAGGGCUGUAGCAAAGCAUUGGUGAAGCUUAAACUGAGGAAGACUACGGUGGAUGACAUUUCCGAGAGUCUCCGGCAAGGAGGAGGAAAGCUGAACUUUGAUGAGCUAAGACAAGACCUAAAAGGGAAAGGUCACACAGAUGCUGAAAUUGAGGCUAUUUUUGCCAAAUAUGACCAAGAUGGAGACCAGGAACUUACUGAACAUGAGCAUCAGCAAAUGAGGGAUGAUCUGGAGAAAGAGAGGGAGGACCUGGAGCUGGAUCGUGGCUCUCUACCUCGUCCGAUGAGCGGUCGCAGUUUUCCACGUAGCUUGGAUGACUCUGAAGAGGAUGAUGAUGAGGACAGUGGUCACAGCUCUCGCCGCAGAGGCAGCAGCUCCAGUGGUGUUUCUUAUGAGGAGUUCCAAGUUCUUGUGAGAAGAGUGGAUAGGAUGGAGCAUUCUAUUGGGAGUAUCGUGUCUAAAAUAGAUGCUGUAAUUGUUAAAUUGGAAGCUAUGGAGAGAGCCAAAGUGAAGCGCAGAGAGGUCCUUGCAAGACUUUUGGAUGGUGUCACUGAGGAUGAACGGCUUGGCCGGGACAAUGAGAUGCACAGAGAACAAAUGGAGCGGCUAGUGAGGGAAGAGUUGGAACGAUGGGAAUCUGAUGACACAGCUUCCCAAAUGAGCCACUGCCUGGGGACUCCUAGCGGAACUAAUUGUCAGCCUCGAUCCAAGACAUCACGGCCUCCAUCUUCCCAGUCUACAGAGGGGCUGGAUGGAGGAGCAGUGGCUACCAGUACCUCUAAUAGCCAGGUGUAA